AUGAGUGCCGCCGACCAAGUACAACCCAAAGUCGUGGAAGCGACACCUGAAGAUGGAUCGGCUUCCUUACAGGAGCCAACUAUGGACGAGAAGAACGAAAAUCAAAAUGAAAAUCAAGUUGCUGAAUCUCAGGAAAUUCCAGAAAAUUACCUUAAUGACACGAAGGGUAUAAAUGAUGAAAGUAAAGAAGAGGAUGGCGGAAUAGACGAAAACAGCGGUGUAGAAGCUGCAGAGAGGAAACGUAAGCAUAUUAGCACAGACUUGUCGGAUGAGGACUUAGAAAAGGAGACACAUAAUGAUGAAAUUCCCCAGCCCAUGGCAGAAAACAUGAUUAGUAAAGGGAGGGAUUCAAGUACCACUCCAACCAGCAGACAGGAACUGGAAGAAAAAUUGGACCGUAUCUUGAAGAAACCAAAAGUUAGGAGAACUAGAAGGGACGAAGACGAUUUGGAACAGUACUUAGAUGAAAAAAUUCUGAGGCUUAAAGAUGAAAUGAAUAUUGCAGCUCAACUGGAUAUUGAUACGUUAAACAAGAGGAUAGAAACUGGAGAUACCUCACUUAUUGCCAUGCAAAAGGUCAAGUUGUUGCCAAAAGUGGUAAGCGUGCUGUCAAAGGCAAAUUUGGCCGACACCAUUUUGGACAAUAAUUUACUUCAAAGUGUCAGGAUAUGGUUAGAGCCCUUGCCCGAUGGAUCUCUGCCAUCUUUUGAAAUUCAGAAAUCGCUUUUUGCAGCUUUAAAUGACCUUCCAGUGAAAACUGAACAUCUGAAGGAAAGUGGUUUGGGGAGAGUGGUUAUCUUUUACACGAAGUCUAAACGUGUUGAAGCUCAACUAGCUAGGUUGGCUGAAAAAUUAAUUGCUGAAUGGACAAGACCUAUUAUCGGUGCUUCUGAUAACUACAGAGAUAAGAGAAUAAUGCAACUAGAGUUUGAUUCUGAAAAAUUGAGGAAGAAAUCUGUUAUGGACUCUGCCAAAAAUAGGAAAAAGAAGAAGUCCAAGUCUGGUGAGGAUCCUGCUUCUCGCGGUUCUUCAGUACAGACUUUGUACGAACAGGCGGCCGCAAGGAGAAACAGAGCUGCUGCACCAGCACAAACUACUACUGAUUACAAGUAUGCCCCUGUAAGUAACCUUAGCGCAGCACCUACAAGCGCAAGGGCUGUCGGUGUCGGUUCUACUUUAAAUAACAGUGAGAUGUACAAGAGAUUGACCUCAAGAUUGAACAAAAAGCAUAAAUAA